UUUGCCUUAUGAACAACCAGAUACAUGGGUUAAUCCUGUACAGAACCCCUCUGAGACUACGUAUGGUCUAGGCGUCAUUCAACAGGUCAUGCAGCGUGUGGCUGGCUGGACUGGCAUCUUCAUCACAAUGGCUCUGUUGCUUAUGUAUACUUCCUCAACUGAAUUCAUUAGGCGUUAUUAUUUUGAGACAUUUUGGUUCACACAUCACCUCUUUAUCAUCUACUAUGGUUUCCUAAUUGCCCAUGGAGCUGAAGGGAUUGUACGCCAUCAAACAAAUGUUGAAGACCACAACCCAAAGAAAUGUGCAGAUUAUCCAGAUAGUUGGUCAACAAUGGAUGACUGUAAAAAUGCACCAAUGUUUGCUGGUGGUGAACUGAAGAGUUGGAAAUGGGUGAUAGCACCAUUGAUUAUUUACUUUUUGGAACAGGUUAUCAGAUUUUGUCGUAGUGUUCAAACUGUUACGAUCACAGAAGUAAGUGAAUUGCAAUUCUGAAGCUCGGUAUUAAUAUUAGUUCUUGUGCUACAAAAUUGCUGGAUUCUGAUGAUUUAGUGUUCAAGGCAUUCAUAUCUUAUUAUUGAAAAGAGAAAAUGUACAGUAUUCAUUUGACAAAUCAAAUCCAAAUGCUAAAAUUCUAAUUAGGACAUUAGAAUUGGUAAAUAUAUCUUGCAUUCAUAUGAGAAGUUAUAUGAUUAAGAUAUGUUCAGUUGAUAAUCAUGUGACCUGUUGGUAGUUAUCAAAUUACUAACAUACUUUUCAU